CUGAUGCUCCGUGGACGCAAGGUGAACACCUCCACGGUCUGACCUGCUCUAUAUGUGCGUGGAACCUGCGUGCGUCUUCAGCUUGGAUCCGACAAUCACUCGGCGCGCGCUCCGGAGCGCUUUUUGGUGCUACUAAAUCCAGACAAAAAGCGGACUACAAAAACCAUGAGGGAUCUCUGAGGUGGCAGUAACUUUACCCAGCCAGACCUAUUCGAGCUUCCCCUCGGCUGCUUCCGAAGGGUUAAGCCCAUGAGCAGGUAUAUCCUUCGUGAGCGUGAUUCUAUUUUCACCCAGAUUUCUGCUGCCGGGACAAAUGCAUACAAAUGCAUUUAGGAGCUCAACGGACAAGGAGUGGACACGUUUCCGCGGCAGCAACGUGGAACUUUCUUCUGCUCCUGUCAGUAUGCUCCACAGUACACUCUGGAGACGACGACUAUCUAGCACAAGGAGUGAAUAUCCUUUAUCAGCUUGGGCUCACAGUUCAGAGUACCACAGACGAUCCAUACGAAAGGACUGCCUCACCUUCAACCACUUACACCACUGUUCCCUCACCAAUAAAUCUCCCAUUUCCUGGACAUGGGGUAAUACUACACUCAAACUCUCUUUAUGAGGCUCCAGCAGGCAGUCUCUUUCCUCCGGAAUUCGGUGAGGAGUUUUCUGUUAUUGUAAGCGUAAGCUCCUGGCGAGCAAACAACGCUUUUAUUUUCAGUGUCAGAGAUGGUAGGGACAGGUUGCGUUUUGGCAUUCAGCUCCUGCCACGCAGAGUGGCGGUCUACACAGCAGAGAAGGCCUCCAUCUACUUUACCUACAACUGGCAUGAUGGACGCCAGCACCCUUUUGCUAUUGCCGUUAAGGCACACUCAGUGUCCUUCUAUGCAGAUUGUGGAGCGGUGUACCAGUGGGAGCAAACCCUGGGGAGGUCUGAGACACUUAGACAUUCUGGUGGUCUCUUCACUUUGGGGAGGAUGAACUCCAAAGCUGCACCCUUCAACGGUCGAGUUUGCCAACUAGAUAUAUAUCCCUCGGCCCAAGCUGCUGCACACUAUUGCAACUACCUUAGAAAACAGUGCCGGCUGGCCGACACGUACCGAUCGUCUUUGACAGACCGUGCUUUGAAAGUUGAGGCAAAAUAUCCCCCCUCUAGCCCCUCGACAAUAGCCUCUCUUGGAAUAACAGAUACUCAUCAAAUGCUGGUGAAAAAGGCAACCGUGACUCCUGACAGUGUGCCCCUACAUGAUUCAACCUCGAGCCCUUUACCAGAAUCUCAUAUGGCGGACCAGAACCUCAUAUCUGAAUAUAAACCCCUCAUCAAAUCAAACACAUCCUCAAUUCAGGCUGGCAGCUCCAGUUCGGCUACUCUGGAUUUCACCCAAAGUACAGAAACUGUUACCACGACCCAAAGCAUGUUGUCUAAACGACCAAAAUCCCAAGGGGACACUGAUCAGUUUGAGAACAGCACCGAGGACGAGAGCGACUCUGUGGGACAGCCGGCCACCAAUUCCACCUCUGAUCAGAUAUCCCGUGUGAGGCAAAGUCUUCUUAAGGACGGACUCAGGAACAACUCCAGGCAUUCAAGCUUUGGGCCCCAAGAGAAUCAUCAGCACCUGGAUUCACAUCCAAUAGCUCGUGGUACCACUUUGUACCGGGAAAAUCAAGUGGACUCUUCAGAGCAGCACGAAGUGGAUGGCAGCUAUGAUGAUAUGGACAUGGAGGGAUAUGACUACGGCUAUGAAGACCCAGACCUCUUGUACGACUACGAAGACGGCUUACAGGGCCCCAAGGGAGAGCCAGGUCUUCCGGGUCUUCCUGGUCCCCCUGGUUUACCUGGUCCUCAAGGAGCAAGAGGCACUCGGGGUCCUGAUGGACCACAUGGAAAACCUGGACCAGCAGGACCACCUGGAACCAAGGGUGCAAAAGGAGACCCAGGGCUGUCUCCAGGCCAAGCUCCACCAGGAGAAAAGGGCGAUAAAGGUCCACCAGGUCUGCCAGGUCCUGAUGGUUUUCCAGGCUUGCUGGGUCCCAAAGGUUAUCCAGGACCACCUGGACUUCCAGGAGAACAAGGCAUACCAGGAGUACUUGGGGAAGCUGGGGCUGCAGGUUACCCUGGCAGGCAGGGUACUGCCGGGCCAGAAGGUAACCCGGGGCCUAAAGGGGUUCGAGGUUUCAUUGGACUUCCUGGUAUUUCUGGACCAUUAGGCCUGGAAGGAGAGAAAGGCCCACCUGGUCCUCCUGGAAAACCUGGUCCCAAAGGAAGACACGGUGUGGUGGGUGAUAUUGGUGAAAGGGGGCCGACAGGUCCUGAUGGCAAUGAGGGGCCUGUUGGUGGGACUGGUAUUGGCGGCUUUCCGGGCCUGAGGGGGGACCUGGGCGCUGAGGGGCCUCGAGGACAGGCUGGUUUGGUCGGACCGAAGGGACCAGCAGGACGAGCUGGCCUGCCUGGAUUGAAAGGUGAUAAGGCCGAAGUGGGACAACGGGGCGAACCAGGAGAGAUGGGGUACCAUGGCGAUAAGGGUCUACUUGGUGCAGCUGGUCCUCCUGGUCCAAGAGGAAAACCAGGACCACCGGGUAGAAUUGGAGAUAUGGGGCUUCAAGGACCUUCUGGACCUCCAGGACCAGAGGGUUUUCCUGGAGACAUAGGAGUGCCUGGGCCCAACGGACUUCCUGGACCAAAGGGUUUGUUAGGUGCCAGAGGGAUCCAAGGUCCAUCUGGGCCAAAAGGAACCCAGGGCGAUGAAGGACCACUUGGCCCACCUGGCAAUGCAGGCCCAACUGGAAGGCCAGGAAGGAAAGGCCACACAGGUGAACCAGGUCCAGAUGGUUUGCUGGGAGAAAAAGGGGACAUCGGAAAUGUUGGAAAAAUCGGACCACAAGGUCCUGUUGGCCUGAUCGGGGUAGCUGGUGUGAUAGGAGUUCCUGGUGAAAAGGGUGACCGAGGACCGGCAGGUCCAACGGGGCCCGCAGGAGAGAAAGGACCACAAGGUUAUCCAGGGUUGCCCGGAGGUCCUGGGGACAUCGGCAUGCAAGGUACUCCUGGUCCACAGGGGCAGAGAGGUAGUCCAGGGAGUGCUGGUCCGAAGGGUCGCAGGGGGCCUCGAGGUCCUGACGGCCCACUGGGAGAACCCGGCCCCGAGGGGACCAAGGGCGAAAGGGGUGACAUUGGGACAAAAGGAGAAGCCGGAUUAAUUGGCAAAAUUGGCAUUCCGGGGGACAGAGGCCUCCCCGGCAAGCCUGGUAAAGCAGGUAUCCCGGGCAGUACUGGGGAGAGAGGCCCCCACGGUGAGGGUGGACCCAGAGGACCUCUUGGAGAGGCUGGACCUGAAGGAGUGCAAGGGCCUGAAGGUGGGCCUGGUGUAGAGGGGGAACCAGGUGCCAUUGGAGAGCCAGGGUCGAAGGGUGACGCUGGGCCUUCAGGAUCCGAAGGAGAGCAGGGGCAAGAAGGAAUUAAAGGUCCUCCUGGUCCACCUGGUGAAGACGGUCCUCAAGGGAAAGAUGGUCCAAAGGGUGAGCCCGGUGAGCGUGGCCCAGUCGGAGAGCCUGGGGACAAAGGGUUAGAAGGACACCCAGGGCCUCCUGGACCACCUGGACAAGCUGGGAAACAGGGCUUCCGGGGGCCAGAAGGAAAACUGGGAGCCCCAGGAAACAGGGGACGGAGUGGAAAGAAGGGUGAGAGGGGUUCUCUUGGCAUUGUUGGUGAACCUGGUGAUCGUGGAGACAUCGGCCAGCCAGGCGAGGCAGCGCUUAAAGGGACCAGAGGAACUCGAGGGCCUCCAGGUCAACCUGGCAUCAUGGGCAUAGAAGGGCAACCGGGAUUGGCAGGCUACACAGGUCAUCCUGGCAAGCCAGGGCCAAUUGGACCUCCAGGGCCUAAAGGUGAAAAGGGUUAUCCAGGCGAGGACAAUAAGACUCCAGGACGACCAGGGCCCUUAGGUGAACCAGGUCCACCAGGAGAGCAGGGAGAUCGUGGAGAGCCAGGAGAUGAAGGGUAUCAGGGACAUAUUGGUACCACUGGAUCUCGCGGUGCUGUUGGACCACCAGGCCUACCAGGAUCACCAGGCAUGCCUGGAAAUCCAGGUUCAAAAGGCGAGAUGGGUUCUCCGGGUCCUGGAGGGAAAAAAGGAGCAAGGGGUUUGAGUGGCGCUCCUGGAGUCGAAGGGCCAUUUGGUUUACCUGGACCCAAAGGCAUGAAGGGCUACUCCGGAUCUGAUGGACCCCCAGGGCUGACUGGCUUGCCAGGAUUACCUGGGAAACAAGGACGGCAGGGUCACCGAGGUUUGGUUGGGCUAGUAGGACCUGCUGGACGUCCAGGUACUAGGGGCAGUGUUGGUCUUUCAGGACCACCUGGAGAUAUUGGAGCACCUGGUCAGAAGGGGGACAGGGGCCUCCAAGGAGAUAGGGGAUUGUCAGGGCUAAAAGGCUUGGCGGGGGCUGCAGGUGACCAAGGCAGGAACGGCGAGACAGGAACCAAAGGACAACCAGGGGAACCAGGCAAUCUGGGAAUGGCUGGUUUGCAGGGCUUUCCAGGUCCAAAGGGUCCAAAUGGAGACGUAGGACUGAAAGGUUUAAUCGGCCCCAAGGGCCCAAUGGGUACUAUGGGAUUCGCUGGACCAGUAGGACCUGAAGGAAAAAUGGGUCCAAUGGGAAAACCUGGGCCACGAGGUCCAAGGGGUAGCAGCGGUGAAAUGGGGCCCCAAGGACCACAUGGACGUCCAGGACCCAGAGGUCCCCCUGGUGCUCCAGGUCCUACUAGGCAGCUAUAUGAGGAUUCAGCAUUCUACAGCCCGUCUGACUCUAAUGGUUCCCCCGGGAAAGAGAAUUUCCAGAACACUGACGUCAGCCUACCAGACCCGAGUUCCGAGAUCUUUAAGACAUUGAAUUACAUGAGCAGUGUGAUCGAAAGCAUUAAAAAGCCCCACGGAACAAGAGAGAACCCUUCUCGUGUCUGUAAAGACUUGAUGGAUUGUCAUCACAAGCUAAAAGAUGGAUGGUUCUGGAUUGAUCCAAACCUUGGAUGCACUUCAGAUGCUUUCCAGGCUUUUUGCAACUUUACUGCAGGGGGUCAGACUUGUUUACAUCCCCUGGCUCCCAAUAAGAUGGUGUUUGGUGUAGGGAAAGUCCAAAUGAAGUUUCUCCAUUUACUGAGUACUGAGGCCAGCCAUAGCAUCACACUCCAUUGCCUAACAGAUCCUUCCAACAGCACCGCAGAUGGCUUCGUCUCUCCCGGCCACACACAUAAUCGUCGGUUUCAAGGCUGGAACAAUCAAACGUUCGAGACCGACACGCUACUUGAACCACACAUGCUACAAGACGAGUGUGAGAUCCAAGAUGGCAGCUGGCACCAGUCCCGUUUCUUCUUCCAUACUCAGGAGAGUCACCAACUACCUAUCGUAGACCUUGAGGAACCCACAACGCCACGUCCCAAUGUUCAGCAACAUAUAGAAGUUGGUCCUGUUUGCUUUUUUUGAAGUAACUGCCAUCAUUCUCGGCCUUGUUUACACAAUUGGCUGGAUCCCUCCUGAAUGUUUUCCAUCCAAGGAAAAAAAACUGUACUCAUCAUGUAUGAAAUAUGGUUUUGCUUGUUUCAAUAUUAGCCGAAUGGUGCUAAGACUGGCUGUAUAUAUGGACCCAUAUUGCCCUCAAAUCCCAGUGUUGGGCCUCACUAUGCAGCAGCCAAUCAAAGUCCACUAAAACACACCUCGCCUCCCCUCCACACACACUCAGACCCUACUUAAAGGAGUGUCUAUGAUGGGAGCACUGUAUAACUACAAGUAUAUAUGAGUGCAAUAGCAUGUGGAUGUUGUUGAAAUGAUUUCCAGGCAGAGGCUUGAUGGAUAUUGUUUUCAUGAAAUGUUCAUCUUCACAGAUGGUGCUCUACCUCUACCUUGCUUUCUCAAAUAAUUGCUUCUAGGUUAGUCUUUGUUUCCUUUGUGUCGUAUGUACCGGUUACAUCAAGGUUUAUUAUGUUGUAUAAGUACUUAUGUUGAUUUGGUCACUUUUAAUUUAUGAACCGUUAUUUAGUGUGCUACAUAUUUUUGUAGCUUUAGCUUACAUGUGGUAGGUUCUUCUGGGGAAUCUUGUCAUUGGUGCUGCAACAACAAAUGAGUCAGUGGUAGUUUUUCUUUUCUUUUUUUUUGCGUUUCCUGUGUAUAUAUUGCCAGCAUACUGUAUGUUUAUUUAUAUCCUUUUUGGUUUUUAACAUUACUGUACAACAGUAAAUAAUACUCUCAGAGAACUACUUGUUCAACCACACUUAUAGAAGUAUUUAUGUUUUGGUGGUGUUUUUUCUGUACAGUUAUCACACUCCAGUUUGAUCGGAGGUAGCUGCAGUGAACUGGCAGCUAAAGCCAGAAUUCUAUAAAACACAGUCGUCAUAUCCUUAAGUUAUAUUACUUUAAGCAAAGUAUAAUUAUAUAAAUCCUCUGGAUAAAAGAAAUGGAUGCAUUUGUAUAAAUAAUA